AUGACACUCGCUAACAAAACAACCUUUGAGCGCAUCCACUACAUUUAUAGCAGAAAUGAGAAGCGUUUCUUGACAUUGCGUAAGCAGAAAUUUGCUGAUGCAAGUCCGGAGACUAUUUGGAAUUCAAUGUCCUCCAACAAGUUCAACUCGAGCCCUGGUUUGAACAUUGCAGAUCUUGGGGAUUACCUCGCCUUUGAAACCUGUUCUGGUGAUUGUAUCGUUGGUGUCGUCACAGAACACUUUAAUCCCUCUCACUUCGACUUGUGGUUCAUUCUGACUGUGUUGAAAAAUGGCUCCAUUGAGCACAAGGGCAAGGCUUCUGAAACAAAGGGUGUGGAAGCCGCUCGAGCUGUGACGGAGCUAUUCGAACAUAAGCUUAGAAACGUCGCUCGGGUCGAUAGAUGGAGUGAAGGAAAGCUGGACUUCGAGAGGAAUGUUUUAUUUUUCACCUCAAGAAAUGCUCCUAUAUUGUCAGUGCUUCCAGCAUUUCCGUGCAAGUCCUCCAAUUACGACAAGGUAGCAUCCUGCUUCCCUGAUAUGGGAGAGGAACUUGCCAUCAGACGCAUAAUUGAUUUUGUUACCGCAGUCCAAGAUGUCUAUCCACCAGGAAUGAAAUUCUACCUCGUCAGUGAUGGCCAUGUCUUUAGCGAUUGUAUCCAUGUGGAUGAUGACAUGGUUGACGUUUACUUCGCCAAACUCGAAGCAAUGUACCAACGUGUGAAGCCUGCCGAUUUUGACGGCAUUAUAUUUAGAGGCCUCAAUGACUGUUUUGAGUCUGAUGAAAGGGGACUUGUUGCCGAGCUCUUGCACUCAGUCGAAGUAGAGCAUCCUAUUCCCACUAGAUUGGAUGAGGAGACGGAGAUAAACCGAAAAGUCUUAAUGCUUGGUUGUGAUGAUAACGCCGAUGUGUUGAGAAAACAAAUUCAGACGCCUAAUCACCCAAGACUUUACCUCUACCGGGGUUUCAAUAAGUUCAUGUGCGAGGACCUUUCUCAAACCGAAUUUGCUAAAAGCAUUUCCAGAAAGAAAUACAAGAAGAUGAUUUCUCAGGUUGCUUUUGAGAUGAUUAGGAGAAAUGACGCGUACUCCAAUUUGGUGGAGCUCAUUUUCCCCUUCCACAUUCGAUUCUCCAUCCAUGCUCACCACAAUGCUGGUCCGAAAUAUGGUGUGCGCUUGCUUGACCCCGAGGUAUGUUCCAUGUCUGGACAUAAUCAAAAUGAGGAGGACAGAUUGCUCCACAUCCCGACGCCCUGGCACAACAGUGUCUUCAAAAUGGUUGAUUCAGAUAAAUUUAUUGUCUCGCAUGCAAGGUUGGCAAAAGAACUCGAGCUGAACCCCGAGGUAGAAGGGGGCUGGGACGAAGAGCAGCUACUUUUUCUUUAUCGCCUGGUUUAA